AAAAAACGCUUCGGGCGUCACACAAACUCAUUCUUCUUUUACAGAGCAGAAAGUGAAACCGAGAGCGUGAACUGACGUUCUUGAACGACUCCGUAGCAAAAAAAACACUCGCGGAAAUGGCGUCGGCUUCUCCAUCAUCCGAAGAACAGCAGCGGCAGGAACAGCAAGUGAAGGACUGCGUUCACAGGACCAAGCUCAUUCAAUUCUUGGGACGCACCACCCCUAUCGUUCUUCAAAACGACAAUGGCCCCUGCCCUCUUCUUGCCAUCUGUAAUGUUCUUCUGCUUAGGAAUAACUUGAAUUUGAGUCCGGAUACAGUCGAAGUCUCACAGGAGAAAUUGCUUGCACUGGUUGCUGAAAGACUAAUUGAUUCCAACAGUAAUCUCAAUAAUAAGGAUGCAGGCUAUGUUGAAAAUCAACAACAGAACAUUUCUGAUGCAAUCGAUCUGCUUCCUCGACUUGCAACUGGCAUUGAUGUAAAUAUAAAAUUCAGGAGGAUGGAUGAUUUUGAGUUUACUCCAGAGUGUGCCAUUUUUGAUCUACUGGACAUUCCAUUGUAUCAUGGUUGGAUAGUUGAUCCACAGGACACUGGUACUGCUAAUGCCAUUGGGUCAAAGUCAUACAAUGCUUUAACGGGAGAGCUUGUGGCCCUUGAAACACAAAAUAUGGAGGGGCUAUCAGAAAGCAAUCCUGAAGAAGAUUGUGUUGAUUUUGUUGCUGCAACGACUGCAACCCUAGGUAUUCCUUCUCCAUGCCUUUCGAAAACUACGUCAUUUGAUGAUUCUCCACACUCACUCCCUGAUCACCAGAAAGCAAGAAAAGGUGACCUUGAAGAAGAAGCAGAGCUUUUGAGAGCCCUGGAGCUGUCUCAGGCUGCAAAGCCAACUUCAGUGGGUGAUAGUCUUCUAGACAAUAUUAAUGGGGUGACUCACUCUGUUAGUUCAUAUGGAAGUGUGGACGUUAUGCCUGUAGAUUCUGUAGAUAGAUUAGAGAGGCACAUUGGUGUUGAAGACAACAAUUUGCCUAAACUGGAACCAUAUAUUUUGGAUGAUUGCAAUGCAAAAAGCAAUGGCAGUGAUCUUAUAUCUGCAAAAAAUAAUACAGGGAAAGAAGCAGCUACUUCUUUCUUGAAGACUGAUGUGGGUAAUUACCUUGAUCAGUCAACUUAUGUGGAGUCUGAAGAACGUAGCCUUCACGUUGAUGUGGCUGAGAUUAGUGGUGUUGACACGUUACUCCAGAGUGGAAGUGCCCCUUCCCCUUCUCCUGGAAGAGAAACUGCAUCUUUGGAAAAGAGCGAUAUUGGUAUUUCUAGAGGGGGCGAAGAAGUUAAGCAAUCCACUUUCACAACCCAUGUUCUUGAACCUGCAGAUAAGCUAGGUGAUUGUAGCACAAAAGAAUUAUCAUACUUAUCUUCACCAAAUGCCAAUUCAGAUUUAUCUAGUGGCAGGAUUCAGCACAUAGAUGCUGCCCAACCUUUGACUUCCAGUGUUGAUGGCAGUGAGCCCAUAUAUGAAGGAGAGGAAUGUAUAUUGGAUUCAAGAAACACAGUUCUUGAGGAACGGGAGCCUGUGUAUGAGGGUGAGGUGGUUCUUUCGAAACAAGCUGACAAAAGCACUGUAGAUGCCCAUAGUGCAAGGUCUAAAGAUGAAAUCACUCCACAAGAAGGUGAGCUUAUCCGGAAUUUUUUGAAAAACAAUGCUAGCCAGUUGACCAUUAAUGGCCUUUUCUGCUUACGAGAUGGUCUUAAAGAACGUGAACUUUGUGUAUUUUUCCGUAAUAAUCACUUCAGCACCAUGUUUAAGUUUGAUGGUGAACUUUAUCUUCUAGCUACAGACCAAGGUUACAUAAAUCAGCCUGAUUUGGUGUGGGAAAAAUUAAAUGAGGUCAAUGGGGAUACUCUGUUCAUGACGGGUAACUUUAAGGAAUUCAGGGCAGAAAGUCGUGCAAAUGACACAUGGGAUGAACAUAAUGCUAUGGCCAGCACUGCUGACUAUCUUGCCACCAUCAAUAGCUCAGCACAAGUGGGUUUGGAUGGAAAUUCUGAUCUACAAUUGGCAAUUGCUCUGCAACAACAGGAGUUUGAACAACAGCCACAGCGUCCUAAUUCACAGCAGUCAUCCAUCAGUGGAAGUUCGAGGCUGAUCAUUGGUCCCCAGGUGCCAAGAACGACUGGCAGGGACUCGUCCUCGUCCUCGUCCUCCAGACCUGAAGCAAAGUCAAAAGAGAAGUGUACUGUGAUGUGAUGUGAAAUUUGAAUGCAGGCAGUUUGGAAGUUUCUUGUAAAUGGUGGGUGGGGUGUGUGUGUUGGCCCCUUUGUAUUCCAUGGUAUUACUCAACUGUAUUCAUCCUACACGUGAAUUGAGAUAAAGUUUUGUACUGUAAAUAAUGCAAGCAUAUAGUAGCACAUGGCUAGGCCCUCCAAUCUUAAAA